GAAGCGUUCAUGCAGAAGGACCUCGGACCUAAACUCGCCGCUGCGCUGCGGGAAUGAAGCCCGAUCUCCUCCUGUCACGGAACCUCUUCGUCGUUGAACGCACCGCGGUCCCUACGCAGGCAGCGGGAAUAUGACCGUCUUGCGUUCCGAUUUGCAUUAGCAGGCUAACUCUGGACGUCAACCUACUGUCAGCGCUCACAGCUAGCCGCAUUUUAAAGACUGUUAAGCGUUUUGAUUGUUUAAUGCGGCCGCCGCAGAAAUGUUGCAGAUCGGAGACGGGCUCGCUUGUUUCUCGGUGGUGUUCGUUGUGGCUCUGCUCGGAACCAGGAGCGCCGUUUACUCCACUGUCCUCACCGCCUCGCUGUACAUCUUCCUCGUAAUGUACCGGUACCCUCAAGUCCCCCCGGGUCGGGCAAGACAGGUGUUACGGCCCAGUAAGAGGGUCACAGGCAGCGGCGGCGUCUCUGUGGUUGCUCACCGCGGUGGGGGGCACGACGCCCCGGAGAACACCCUUGCAGCGAUCCGGGAGGCCAGCGCGAACGGGGCGACAGGAGUGGAACUGGACCUGGAGUUCACAGCUGAUGGCGUUCCGGUGCUAAUGCACGAUGAAACCGUGGACCGGACUACCAAUGGAUCAGGACCUCUGAGCAAGCUGCGCUUCUCAGAGCUGAGCCAGCUGGAUGCCUCAGCCAAGCACAGGCUCAGGGAGAAGUUCAGGGGCGAGAGGGUCCCCACUCUGCAGGAGGCGGUGGAGGAGUGCAUCAAACACCAGCUGACCAUCUACUUCGAUGUCAAAGGUCACCCGGACGAGGCAGCUGCGGCUCUGAAGGAGAUGUAUAAAAAACACCCCGUGCUCUACAACACCAGCAUCGUCUGCUCCUUCGAGCCCAAAGUCAUCUACAAGAUGCGUCAGGCGGACCCCGAGGUGGUGACGGCGCUCACGCACCGACCGUGGAGCCUGAGCCGGCUGGGUGACGGCACGCCCCGCUUCGAGUCGCCGUGGAAACACCACUGGAUGCAGGCGCUGGACGUGCUGCUGGACUGGGCGCACCACCACCUGCUGUGGAACCUGUGUGGGGUGUCGGCCUUCCUGGUGCAGAAGAGCUUCAUCUCCCCGGACUAUGUGCAGUACUGGGCAGAGAGGGGAGUGGAGGUCGUGGGCUGGACCAUCAACACAGCCGUGGAGAAGCAGUACUACCAGGACCUGCUGAAGAUCAGCUACAUCACAGACAGCCUGAGAGAGGACUGCGAGCCACACUAUUGAAUGUAGCACUGCACAGGAACGAACACAGGACUACCCCACACACUCACACAGUCUCACAGUCUCAGAGCUGAGAGUACUUUAACGCUGGGACAAGAGACGCGGGCCAGAGAGAAGUACAGUCGGCUGCUACUUCUCGCCGAACUGCACAAGUAAGACAUACACGGAUUUUAGUACGGGGAGUUGAAGGGGGUGUUGUGUAACAGUAAAUUACCUCAAAAUAAUUAGGGCAGUGUGAAAACAGCCUGGAAGGGGAGGGGGGGGGGAGGGGGGGGCUAUUUUCAUCUGGCCAAAACUGGAUUUUGACCAGAGGUGAGUGCUCAUUGGUUGCACCUGGAGCCACAGGCUUGCUGUGGAAGCUCUGCAGUCCGUACAUACAUGAGUGUGAGCAAGUGCAAAUGUUCACGGGCUGGACAGAGGCCUGGGAUCAAGGCCUGGGAGAGAAGUAGAAUGUCGGUUUCACACACACUCAAAAUGUGCGCCUUGUAGUUGAAGUAGUUGCUAAUUGAUCAGGUCUCCCUCCUAAUACUAAAAGCACUCCUCCAGUCACAGAACUGGUUAACAGCACCAACUGUUCAACAAAGACAACUGUCAGGUACCCAGAGACGUAAAAAUCACCACAUUUGUGUUAAUCCAAAAUGGCCUCUGGGAUGCACAGCCACACAAGCAAGAGCAACCUAGCGCAAGGGCCUCUCAGACAGUUUUACGUUAGCUGAAGGAACUGCAUUUUGAAUUUGAGCAAAGCUUGUGAUCUGAUCCCAUCUGACAUGGCCGCCCGGCUCUCGCAGGGGCCCUCCCUGAGUCGAACCCUGAGUAGUCGCUCUGCUUCUGGGGAAGUGUCACUCCCUCGCAGUGCAACACUGACAGAGGGUGGCGUGACAACUGAGGGCGGUCUGAGAGCCUGAGGUGACAGCAAUAACUCAAGAGGCACGGCCAGGACUCUUCCAUGAACUCCACUCGGUGGAUCGGCAGCUACUACAGUGUCAACCAGUAUCGUCCUCCAUUCCAUUCCUGGGCCAGAUAUUGUCCAUUGUGUAACAAUCACCUCAUUAAUCCUUGAAGAUGAUGUAGUCCCAAAGAAAAAGAAAAAAUUAGUCCUGAUACUUGCUUGAAUUUUAGUUUUAUGUUUGUUACGUUUCUGAGAAAAAAAAAAAGUGGUUUAAAAGGUGGAAAUUGCUAUGCGUGCUGAAAUGGAAACAUGAAUGCAAAUAAACUAAAUGAGCAGCUCUUAUUUUGAGAGAAUCAUAUAUGGGGAGUGCAUAUUAAGUAAUUACGGGGUAUGUAUUCUGAAUGAAGGCAUUUUAAAAAACAUGUUCCUGACUAUCACUCAAUUUAUACAACUAUACACAUAGAAAAAAGUAAACUAGCUGCUGGCUAAACAUCCUUGGAGUCUAAUGGAAAGCAUACUACUGAUAGCAUGUCUCCCGACGUGAGGGUGGUGGAGUAUAACCUGAAGAAUUCACUGCUGAGAGUAAAAAAAAAAAAAAAAAAACGCCCUCGACAUGUGUAACCAGGGUGCGAGCUACAAGGCAAAUAAGGGUCAUAACUUGUGUGCCGCCCUGAAUUGCAACAUUUGCAAAGUAAAUGAUUUCAUGUGAUGUUUCAGAGAAAAUCCACCAUGAAAUUCUGAAAUAGGAAAUUGUGUUGCAAGAUGAAAAUUAAAGCUGCUGUGCAAGUGUUUCCCUCCAAAUGGAGAUGCAGU